UGGAAGUGGUAUGAGUCACAGAGCGAGAUGGGAGGAGACUGGAGUGGAGGAGAGGGAUGGCGGGAGGAGGGAGAGAGGUAUAAUUAUGGUAGGAGGCUGCCAGAGCGAGGAGAGAGAGAGAGAGAGAAGAAGCAGAGGGAGGGAAAGAAAGAAGAGAGCGAGGAGAGCGAGACAGAGAGUCCAGCCCACUCCGGUAAAACCAUUCAACUGGUGAGCGAGGGAACGCAUUCAGAGAGAGAGAGGAAAAGAGGUGGACUGUGAGCUGAGCUGAACUUUGCAGCUUCAUAAACUUCGGAGGCUGACGGAGGAGAGGAAAGCUUUUCUUUCUUCAACACUUUUCACCACUUUUCUGACUUCACCUGCAUCCGGCAGCAUCACCAAAUCGCCGACACGACAGCCAAUCGGACAGCUCCUGCCGUCAUGUCGGUCUUACCUCUGCUCAGCUGGACCGUCCUGCUCCUGGUCCAGAGCUGUGGCUCGUCCUCGGACCCGGCUCAGCCUCCUUCUCUGACCGUCCAUCCUCACCACCAGCCGCUGCCGGACGUUGCCUCCCAUUGCCCCUCCUGCGCCUUGGCGAGGAUGAGGAGGAACGAAGCGGGAACGGCGCCGGACGACCAAGAGGAGGAGGCAGCAGCGGCGGCAACUCAGCAGGACGUGGUGGAGGCGGUAAAGAGGCACAUCCUCAACAUGCUUCACCUCCAAGCCCAGCCCAACAUCACCCGGCCCGUGCCACGCGCCGCUCUCCUCAACGCCCUGCGUAAGCUCCACGUGGGGCGAGUGGCGGAGGAUGGCAGCGUGCAGAUCGAGGGGGGGGAGGAGGAGGCAGUGCGAGGGCGGGGAAGCCGGAGAGGAGGAGGAGGAGGGGGAGGAGCUGCAGCGGCGUUGGCGGCGGCUCGGGCUGGAGACGGCGGCGACGCACCAGAGACGACGGAGAUCAUCACCUUCGCAGAGGCCGGUGAGUCUCAGGGCAUGGUGAACUUCGUCCUCUCCAAAGAAGGAGGUGACCUCUCUCUGGUGGAGCAGGCUAAUGUCUGGCUCUUCCUCCGUCUGGCUAAGACCAAUCGCAGCCGAGCCAAAGUCACCAUCCGCCUCUUCCAGCAGCGCCGGCUUCCCAACGGACGCCCCUCUUCACCACAAGACGACGUCCUCCUGGCAGAGAAAAGCGUGGACACCCGUCGCAGCGGGUGGCACACUUUCCCGGUAUCGGUGGCGGUGCAGGCGUUGCUGGAGAGUAACCAGAGCACGACGCUGAGCCUCAGGGUGUCCUGCCCGCUCUGUGCCGACGCCGGUGCAACACUCGUCCUGGUCUCUGGCGGCUCAGAGACGUCGCAGCGUGCCAACCAGCGGGAACAAUCCCACUGGCCCUUCCUCAUGGCCGUGGUCCGGCAGGAGGAUGGCAGCGACUCGCGGCGGCGCAGGAAGCGCGGACUGGAGUGUGACGGGAAGGUCCGCGUCUGCUGCAAGCGGCAGUUCUACGUCAGCUUCAAAGACAUCGGCUGGAACAACUGGAUAAUCGCGCCACCUGGUUACCAUGCCAACUACUGCGAGGGGGAAUGUCCGUCCCACGUGGCGAGCAUCACCGGGUCCACGUUGUCCUUCCACUCCACCGUCAUCAGCCACUACCGCAUGAGGGGCUACAGCCCCUUCCAGAACCUGAGGUCAUGCUGCGUGCCCACUCGGCUACGAGCCAUGUCUAUGCUCUACUACAACGAGGAGCAGAAGAUCAUCAAGAAGGACAUCCAGAACAUGAUCGUGGAGGAGUGCGGCUGCUCGUAAGAACCUGAACCAGAUCGGUCCGGAACAAACUGGACUGGUGAGAAGGAGGACUUCUGAACCCAGAGAGAGCGAGAUACAAGGAGGAGGAUCACCGUCACUUUCGUCUACUGCGUUUCAUUCUUCACGUCCUCCUUCACUCGGGGUCGCUCCCCGUCCUCAUCCAGCAGAACUCAGAAAGAGUCUCGACGGCACUUUCACGAAAAGCAAAGAAAAAAAAACGACAGAAAAAAAAGAAUAUCUAAUAUAUUUUUGUUACAAGAGGAGGUGGGCGUGGCUUAUUUAUGCGGCUGAGACGUUCAAGCACCGCUCGACCUGUCGGAUCUCGGAGAGACGAGGUGCCUGAAAAACUACUAACGAAAACAAACAAAAAAAAUCUCAAAACUAUGCAACUUGUUUCACGUAUUACGAUCCUAUUGUAUUUUACUUUGUGUUUCCUGUUUACCUUUUUGUUUCUAAAUGUACGAGGAAGAGCGAAGAAGACUUUUGUAUUAUUUUGGAAGUAUAAAAUGUGUGUGUGUGUGUGUGUGUGUGUGUGUGUGUGUGUGUGUUGAGAGAUACUUGAAAGAAACAAGUUGGCCCGGCUGCUGGAACCAAACACUUCUUUACGUUACCAUGGUUACCGUGUUGAUGUUAUAAUUAUUAUUAUUGUUGUCAGUAAGUAUAUUAAUAAUAAUAUUAUUGUUAAUAAUAUUUUGUUCGGCUGCAUUUUGUUUAUUAUGUCUGUUUUUUGUUUUUUUUAAGAAACGUUACAAACGUUUUCAUUUUCUUGCACUAUAGUGUCACUCGUGCUCAGAGUAGCCAGAUUAGGAGCUUCCUGUUCAGAUCUGAGAAGCUCACAGGUUUGAUCCCCGUGACGUUAAGCUGAAACGUUACCGUGACGCCUGAAGUCCACCGGGCACGGCUGACCAUCGCGACAUUGCCGCAUUGUCUCUGCCAAGCGGCAACCUCCGUGGCUGGGAAGUGAAGCCAACACAGGAAGUGCCACAAACUGCAGUUCCUCUAACGUCCACUUGAGGCUGGC